CCCUUCCGCUGAGGUCCAACCUCUUCCUCUACGCUUCCUAGCCCUCAACUCUCAUGCCUUCAUCUCAAGCGACUGCACUUUCCAACAGCUUGUGGCGUCCUCUCGCCAUUCCUUUCCUCUUCAGUGCCUCUUGCCAUCACUGGCUGUGGACCGCCUCCUCGCUCUCAACUGCCACCUUGCUGCUGCCGCCUGCCACCUCUUGUCGCCUCGCCCUUCCUUCGCCUCCCUCCAGUGCUCUCCGGUUCGGCGCCUCCACUGGAGUGCCUCGCCCGCUGCUUCCACUCAGCACAUCUCACCUACUCCAG